AAAUGUCGUUGGCAUUCUAUUUUAAAUGUCAAAAAUGAUACCCAAGUUAAAUAAUUUAAUAAUGUAAUUUGAAUUUUUUGAAAAGCUUAUUUUAAGUACAUCAACAUAGGAAGUUUACUUACUUGUUUUCAUAAUGAUCUUGUAUGUUAUUAGUGGAUUAUGAGUUCAGGAUAUUACUCAUACGGUAAAGAACCAGGCAUUGUAAGUGACUGUGACACCAUGGCAGAACUAGCAGCCCUAUUGCGGUCAGAAAUACCUGAAGGAAGAAGCAGUCUCUCUGAAAAUCAUGUCAACUUACAACGCGUUGCCGAAUAUUGCGAAGCGAACUACUUUCAGACUGACAAUAAGAGAGGAGCUUUGGAGGAAACCAAGAAUUACACUACACAGUCCCUUGCCAGCGUAGCUUAUCAAAUAAACACACUGGCAUACAACUUUUUACAAUUGCUUGAUAUGCAGACAACACAAUUGGCAGAAAUGGAAAGUCAAAUGAACCACAUUUCUCAGACGGUUAUGAUUCACAAAGAAAAAGUUGCCAGAAGGGAAAUUGGUGUUUUAACAGCCAACAAGAGCACUAAUAGACAGUAUAAAAUUAUUGCGCCAGCAAAUCCAGAAAAACCAAUAAAAUAUAUGAGAAAACCCAUUGAUUAUACCAUUUUUGACGAAAUUGGUCAUGGUGUGCGUAGUGGCGGCACUCCCAGACAAAAACAGAGAGGUUCAAGCUCAGGAAGUAUACACUCAGUUAACUCCAUACCGGGGAACCCCAUGGUAGGUCCCGCUCCGACUACAAAGCCACCUACACCACCACAAGUAUCAAGAACUUCCAGUAAAGUUUCAGUUUCUGGAGGGACUCUGUCUAAAGGGAGCAGGGAAUACAGGACACCUCCUGCAGUGGCUCCUCCCCAGGUUCCAAGUCAUUACGCUCCGAAUUAUCCUAUGGGACAUCCGAGAAGAGAAAGGGGGCCAGGUUAUAGUGCUUUGCCUAUAGCCAAUGUGCAACAGCCUCAGGUUGGGAUGGUACACCCAAUGACGCAACAGAAUCACAACGUUGUUCAACCUCAAACGCCUCCCCCGCCACCCCCACCAAAUUCGCACAGUAAUUAUGGAGGUGAUGUGCACAAUAUGCCCCCUCCACCCUCGCCUUUAAUAAAUUCUCAAGAAAUGGUAUUGAGUUCGAACCAGCAUCACCCAAUGAUGAUGGGAGGUCAUCAUGGGCCUGUGCCAGUUGGAAGUUUGGGAAUGCAUACUCUAUCUCAUGCACAAGGGCAUAGAAUGAGCCAAGCAUUGCAGCAGCAAUUGGCUGCUUCCCGGGCUGGAGGUUCCCAGUCACCUCCUCUGCCACCACCUCCACCUCCAGAAGACGAACACGAAGCUUUCGGACGGCCUAGAACCUCCUCUGGAGUAAUGCCCAUCGUUCCAGACGAGGACGAUCUUCCUGGAUGGGUUCCAAAGAAUUAUAUUGAAAAAGUUGUCGCGAUAUACGAUUACUAUGCAGACAAAGACGACGAACUGAGUUUUCAGGAGAGUUCUGUCAUUUAUGUUCUGAAGAAAAACGACGACGGGUGGUGGGAAGGUGUUAUGGAUGGAAUUACCGGACUAUUCCCCGGAAAUUACGUCGAACCAUGCGUUUAAAAUCCAUCAAAAUGAUUAUUUACUUUUACAGUGGUACCUCGGAUGUCUAAACUGUUCUCUUUUUGCUUGUACUUCCUUUAUAUUAAAAUUCCGGUAUAACGGGAUUUUUUGCGCAACGUGGCAACAACGGAUUUAACGUUGCCAACUUGUGAACUUUAUCCCUAAAUUUAGGGAAAUUUAUUUUUGUACUUUCAAACGUCAACUUCACGCACGUAAACAGAUACGAAUUUUAUUGCUUUCUUGAUGUAAUUCAAUAUUUUAAAAUUCCCUAAAUUUAGGGAAAAUUUUUAAUUUUAGGAAAGUUUAUAUAAACAACUAACUAACUCUGUAAAAUUAAUAGUAAAAAAAUGAUAAAAUUGUAAUAAAAUUUGUCAGAGAGGCAAGAAUAGGGUGCAAUUUAAAUGCAUUUUUUGUUUUUGUCUUAAGAUUAUAGUAAACUACGAAUUUAUCUUUGGCUGGCAACACUAGAUACAGUUUUGUAAAUUUGGUGUUUUGUCCCUAAAUUUAGGGAAUAAUAUAAAAAAUCGACAAAAUCGCAGAAAUAACAUUGAAGUAUCUUUAUUUACUCUUUAAAAUUCCUAGAAAAGUUACAUACAUUCAGAAACACCCGAUUCAGCGUUGCUUGCAGAUUUCUUCCUGAAUUUAAAGAAAAACAAUUUAGGCAUCACCAGAUAUGGCGUUGCCAGCUUUUUUCCUAAAUUUAUGGAAAAACAUUAAACUUUGCUUUAAUUUGUUGUUAUGGAUAAAAUGUCGAGGUACCACUGUAUAUUUUUAUGCAAUUUUAAUAUGUAUUUGUAUAUAAAAUUUCUUAUAUGUUUUUUUUUAUAGAAAGCUUAUAUUUACAAUUUAAUUUCAUUAUAAGCCACUGAAUUUAUUUAUAUUAAUUUUAAUAGUCUAUAGAGAAACAUAAACUGAAAUAAAUCAAUUUAAGUAUAUGUUAAUGCUGAUAUUAUUUAAAUUUUAUUAACUUUUUUCUGUACAUUUUUUUACAGUAGUUUAAAUGUCCAUAUAUUAUUUUUCCAGGAUUAUUUCGUAAAUAUCUUGAUAUAA